AUGAGCAGCUUCACACUCACAUCUCUCUUCGAAACCGUUGUGUUAUUACCCUUUCCAGUUUCCCCCAAAUCGGGCUUUAUAAACCCUAAUGAUUGAUGUCCCCAAUUCGCUCGCCUUUAUCUGAUUCAUCAAUGCCGGAAGCAGCAGCGUCACCAUCACUGCUGCUGCCUGCUCCGUUUUGAGCCUUCUGCGCAGAUCUUGGAUUAGGUUGGAUUUUUUUGGCAAAAUGGGAUUGGAUUCAGAUUAUCAGGGGAUGGAGUUUGCAGCUAGUUCUAAUAAACCCCUUAAACCCUCUGCAAAUAUAUCUGAAAUCGUGUCAAAAUUCGCCAAAGUUUGUAAAUUUAGAUCCAUUGGUGUAUUUCAUACGUCGGAGAGUGUAGACCACGGCCAUGUUUAUCCGGUGAUUGCUGGCGACAAUGCUCGUUUAACGGAUGGGGAAUGUGGCGAAUUUUGUGCCAAAAAAAUAUCUCCGGAGCGUGCUGUGUUACGUGUGGAGCUUGUGCAGCUGUUCGACACGCUUCUGGCGUUAAAAAUAGCAUAUGUGAAGCUCCAAGAAGCGCACAUUCCAUAUGAUCCGGUGAAAGUUAGAUUUGCUGAUGAAGAGGUUAUGUUUCAGCUCGAUACGCUUGGCAAGAUCAAGAAGGCUUAUGAGGAGAAGAAAGUGAAGGAAGCUAAUGCCUUUUCUGCUGGUUCGGCUCGUUUUCUUGCUGAAGUUAAUGUUAUGGAGCAGCAGCUGGAGAAGUUGAAGUCCCAAGCCAAGAAUAAGGGCAGGAAAGUUGCUAGUUUACGUAAAAAGCUUCAGGAGUUGGAAACGAAGAACACGAAGCUGGCUGAAGAGAUUGAGGAGCGCGAGAGGGAAAUGUUUGCGGGUUUGAAUCAUCAUUCGUUGGAGAGUUUUGUCAGGGCAGUUGGAAGAGCAAUUCAUGAUUUUGCAAAGCCGUUGAUUGCCUUGAUGAAACAUUCGGAUUGGGAUCUAGACCAAGCUGCCUACGCAAUACAAUCAUCGGUUGUAUACGCAAAGAGGUCACACAAGAAAUAUGCGUUCGAAGCUUAUAUAGCCAGAAGGAUGUUUCGUGGGUUUCUGCAACAGCCUUGCUUUUUAGGGAACAUUAUGAAGUUGGAUGACCCUAUCGUUGCGUUAACUGAAGACCCGCGAUCUAGUUUUGCCGAGUUUUGCAGGGAUAAAUACCUGCUAGUAGUUCACCCCAGGAUGGAGGAAUCAUUUUUCGGUGAUUUGGACCAUAGGAAUCUCGUGGCUAAUGGGAUUCACCCGUGUACUCCGUUUUAUCGUGCAUUUGUCAGAAUGGCGAGAUGCGUGUGGUAUUUGCAGGCACUGAUUGGUUAUAUCGAGCCUGAAGCUGAAAUCUUCGGUGUUAAGCAAGGAGCUGAGUUCGUGGAUGUUUACAUGGAGGUUGUGGACGAGCUCAAGGAGUACGAGGUUAUGGACAACGAAAGGUACAAAGUUGAGUUCAUGGUAAUGCCUGGUUUUAUGCUGAAGGAAAGUUUGAUUAGGUCUCAAGUAUAUGUUUCGAGAGGGGAGUUCUCAAAUGGAUGGCGCUAGGAAGAACGAGCGCGUUUAGGUACUGUAUGUGAGAACAUUUUGCAGUUUUUUCGCUCUUCGAUUGCAGUACUAGGCUGGGGAUCGGGCUGCAGCUUGGCUUAACGAGCAUAGUUGCAACCGGGUCGUAAAAUUAUCAGAAUUGAAUACAUACUCUGUAAUUACAGUAUCUGAAUCUGAUGCAACUUUGACAUGUAUAUAUAUUUUCAGAUUUGCUAUAUAUUAUAAUCUGAUUUUGUAUCAGAUGUUGGGUGAUCUUAUCUAUGGUUUUGAGUUUUUGGUA